UUCAUACUCAGCUCAGCUUUGUUACCAACCAUACGUCUUGUCUGUUGGUAGUUAGAGUACCUGCAGCAGAUCUAGAAUGAGUUCGGAGAAGGUGCGCAUGCCGUACGGCUCGCUGGUGUCUGACCGCCGUGAGCGCGCGGCCGGCCAGCUCGGGUCGGUCCUGGGUGUGGUGGGGGCGACUGCGGUGUUCGCCUCCGCCGUGGUGCUGGCAGUGGUCUUUCAUAACAUGCACCAACAGAUCAACAACAUGGCCGACAAGGUCCAAGAUUUUAACAGCAUGGCGGAGAAGAUUAACUACAUAGCAGACAUCAACGCACGACAAGAAAAGGAGAUCAGCAACAUGGAACAAGUCAUGAGCAACAUGAUGAUAGAGGUGGCGAACCUCAAAGAUUUCCGGGCGAGAGCAGAGCGAGACCAACAGGAGACCGUAAUCCUGAGGGAGAGGCUGGCCCUGCUGGAAUCACAGAUACACGCCGAAAAUUUCCCAACAGACAACCAAGAGCAACAGACCUCUAAUACCGGUUCUGUGCUGAACCCCCAGGCUGAUGACGUCACUGUUGUUGACAGCGAGCUGCCGAGUAAGAACGACAGUGUGGGGGGACUUCUGCGCAGACGCAAGAGAGACGUGCCCACCCCGAAUUGGGUUCGAGUCCCUAUUGGACCUUCGGUCUGCCAGUCCGGAAGAGACGGACGUGAUGGGAUACCUGGUGCCGCCGGCAUUCCCGGUGCUGCUGGUCCACCAGGACCUAAGGGGGAGCCAGGUACAGCCGAACACUGUGACUGGCAGCCUGUUUUCCGAAUCCUACCCGGAGUUGGAGGUGUGAAGGCUAGAGACGUUUGGACCGCUGGCUUCGCCACAGACUUCGGGUCAGACCCGCUCCUCUUCCCCGCUGCCCACUACAAAAGUCCGCUGGUGGAAGAGUGGAAAACACUCGGCGUUCAACUGGUGAAAGUCUCCCUGUACUUGUACAAGCAGGGAACCGAAGUGCUUAACUUGAUCUUUGACGGCAGAGACAGCGACAAGCUCAACUGGUUCUCCAAGAGGCGACUCAUCUCGUCCCCAUGGACUGACCUGAAAACGGAGACAACCAACUAUUUCUCGAUCCCAGGUGACGUGGGACGUGCCCCAAGGAGUUUCUAUAUCAACCGAAACUAUGCCGGUUGUCCCGCCGACAACGGUUGGCUGGUGGUGGUGGAAGGCAGCACGGUGUGUGAGUGGGAGACACGUGAUCGGCGCGUGCCACACAUGCUGUUCUCUAGGAAGUCGACUUACGUCAACUGGACUACAGGUGGCGAUGACGUAGGGACUGCUGACGUCAUGGUGGUCUCCAUCAAGACCUGUGGUCACGUGACAGAAUCAGCUGACUAGCACCUUCUUCAUCACCAUGGGGAGUAGGCACCUAGUGUCGAUGCCUGACCUUCAAACCAAGGACAGAACCUCUGUCCGAAAACCAGAAAAAAAACACCCCUUAAGCUUUUCAAUGAGUCGACCAUCCCAUGUUUGCAACUUUUCCUUUUUGCAACUCCUUUAUUGAUAAAAAGGUAAAUCAAUUAUUUUAUACAUUGUUACAAUUGGACAUGUAAAAUGAUGCAAAGAUAUACAAUAGUUGAAAAGAGAGCAUAUUUGUAAUAAUACUCCUAUUAAUUUUUAACUCUUUUACAGAUUAAGAAAUUGUUAAUAUGACUUUAAUCUAAAAGAUAAUUAUUACGCAAUACAUGUUAAAAUGGCCAAGAAAAAGGGUAAAAAGAUGACCUAGU